AUGACAGCCAAAGCGACGGAACUAGCAGUCAAGAUGAAGGGGCUUCUGUCCGGGUUUCGUGCCUCUGGCCUUUGGGAAGAUUGGUCCACUCAAAACAGCACAUUGUCGUCAUUUGUGGAGGAGUGCAGCAAUCUCAGUCUGCUGGUGUCGAUCGCUGCAGUUGCUGAUGUGCCCAGCUUAACGUCUGAGGAAGCUGAGCAUGUGAAGAGUGCCCGAGUGAGUCUGCUUGCCAAACGAGCAACCUUUCUCGAAGCCUUGACCUUGUUCCCUCUCGGUCAGUUUGUGCAGCAGGCUAGCAACUUCGCAUUGGAGGCACACCAGCGAGACCUUGGUUUCCUCACGGACCUUGAUUUGUGUGUCCAAGCUGUUGCUCAGCUUAAAACUUUUACUCCCGAGAUUCUCUUCAAAAACGAGGAUAUCCAGAUUCCGAAUUUCAACAAAGUCGUCGAGGCACAAAUGAAAUUCAGCUUGAUACAGCAAGCUUGCACGAAUCACUUCAAGGAAGCCCAGGCAAGCAAGCUUGCCCUCGUGCAAUCCAAGUUUCAGGAACUUUCGGUUGCCAUUCGAGGAGCAUGCAUUCAGAAAUUUCAGAAGGUUCUAUCAAAUGAUUUGAGGAAUGGCUUCAAGCUUUUGUCAGAAGGGCAAUUGGACGUGGAGGGUCAGGCCAUCAUGGUGGAUGUCUUGAACAAGUCCAAGACUUUCGCCCCAGUGACCAUGACCCUCAUACAGAAGUGCCUUGGGCAAACAGCUAGCAAGGAGAUCGUUGACCUCCUCAUCUAUGGCCGCAGCUUCCUUACCAUCUUCUCGGCGGUUUUCCCCCCCGUCCUCAACUUGAUCCAGAAUGUGGGGGAAAAGCCGGAUGCAAAGGAGCAGCUCGGUUCAGGGCGACUUGUGCAGGCUGACAUGGUCAAGUUCAUGAAGCAGUUCGCGGACAAGGAGGUCCAGAAGAGUCUGCAGGAGCUGGACCAAACCCUGUGGUUGCAUAUGGUUGCUGCAGUCGAUCGCUUGUGCAAGGCGGCCAUGUCCAUUCUUGCAAACGAAUCCGCCGCCUUCGAGAAAUUUGUUCGCUUCAUUGCGAGUGACAGCCAGGCAUCGGACAACAUCCAGGAAAUUGUCGGGGAAUUUGACGACGACGACGAUCAGGCCCUGGUGGAUUAUGGAGCUCUGUUCGAUUUGUAUGGUCGCCACGUCGGCGGCUGGUGCCCCUGGAUCCUUGAUAAAGAUUCGCCACACCCGGUUGCUGUUUCGAGUGCAUCCUUGUGUGCCGCCGGUGCUGCUCUUCCCUUUGGCAAGAUGAUCACCCACAUUGGUCGCUGGAUCAACAAAGUGACGAAGCUUUCAGGAAGUGCCGAGGCUCUUUGUGGCGCAAAUAGUUCGUUUGUGUUCAACAAGGACGUGCCGCCACAAGACAUUCCGAAGCUCUUCGAUGCCGGCAUCAUGGAAACAUUGGGUUCCAAGGAGCACGAGCCGGGAAAGCUUGUGCAUUGCUUCCGUGGGGCACAAGCAGCUGUGAGCAUUACUCAAGAUGCGAAGGCUACCAUGUUCGUACAGGGCUGCCAUUCCAAGAUCCCGAUGCUCUUCACGAAGAUUGUGAACAUUGCCAAGGGCGAUUUCAAAGACUUCCGGGAAGCCCUCGAGAAGCACUAUCAUGCGAUUGAUGGUUUGAAGGAUUUCUCGAUGGCUUUGGAGGCCGAUAAGGUGGAUGCUACUAUGUGUGCAAGAUUGUGCAAUAGUGUCGCCUUGAAGCAUUGCUACAACUUCGUGUCCUACGGAGUGGACAAGAUGAGUGCUAUGAAGAAGAUUUUGGUGGCCAUCUCAGCUGCUGCAAGUAUGGAUGAAUUCAAAGAUGACUCGACAUAUCAGGCUCUCUUUGCAGAAGUUCAAUCGAUAAUUCAGGAGAUGAAGCAGUUCAUGGGUGCCUCCACUAACACCGAUGAGCAAGGACGAAUUAGCUUCGCAGGCAUUGCAAAUUGUGUCGGAGAUGCUACAAUCGCUCAAUCCUUGUAUCGCGAGUUGAAAACCGGCGAGACAAGGCAGUCGCUGGUAAAUAAGGCGUCUGCCGGUGUCAAGAAGAGGGGUUGGCGAGUGCAUGCCAAUCUUACAAGCCGAUGCAAUGCAAUCCUCAGCGGCAAGCCUGUGUCAAAGUGA